GAGAGUACCGGGAGCCGGGGAAGGAGGAGGACCGGACCACCGGACAGGUGUCUCCCGCUCAGCCGGCCGGACCCUUCCUGCACCAAGCGGCGGAUUUGUCAGGAGGACGAGGGCCCGGCUGUCAAGCAUUACCUGUCCGAAGAUGCGGUUUCUGCUCGCCUCCAGCGGCUCAGCCUGGAGAACGACCACAGCUAUGGAGGAAACGGAUUUCCCAAAAUGUCCCUGCCGCAGCAGCUCCAACCGCCGGAGACCGGGUCCCCAGACUCCUCUUCGGAAGAAGAGACCGUCCUAGUGGACCCCGAAGAGUUCUGUAUGAACAACGCCAAGGUGCUGAGUGUCUGCCCUCUGCUGGAGAAGGCUCUGUGGGAUGUCCGGCCAGACAGCAUUGUGCCUGAGAAGAUCCUGCACUCCCUAUCUUCUCCCUGUUUGGAACUCGUCAUUUGGUCUCCUCCCAACCAGUCCCAUCCACCGGCUCCUUCACUCCCUGUCCAGGCCUCGGGACCCGCCCAUGAAGAGCCGGCAAGGGAAGGAUGGGUCAGAGGCAGAUGAGGGGAUGGAGCUUUGA